AUGUCUUUUCCAGAGUUGAUGACUGCCAUGGAUGCGGCAAUUGCUGCACAUAAUGAGACAGGCGACAUGCUUUAUCUCGGAAAAGGUAAUAAGCAAGGCAUUGAAACGUGCAAAAGAGUUCUCUUCUUAUUAAAGCAAUAUCGCGAUAAAUCAGAAUGGAAGAAGCCGAGUGCAAUUGCAUAUCAGCCUCUUUUUGAUAAAAUCAAAAAUCAUUGCAAAAUAAUUCGUGGUAAAUAUCCAAAUAACGAAGAAAAGCUUAUUUACGUCUUUUUAAGAAAACUUAUUCCAGGAAAAAUAGCUCCUCUUAACUUCCCAAUACUUUCACAGCUCUCGUUAUGUAGUGUUCCCGUUGAAAUUGUAAAUUCGAAAUUCAAACCAGCACCAAUAACCGCUUACAUUGAUGGCUAUUACAAUUUUGUUAUUCCUAUUGGCGGAAACGUGGUCAGAAUACCAUUAAUUCCAAAAGAAGGAACAACUCCAGUUACUCUUCCUCCAUCUAUCCGUUUUCUGGGCUCAGAAGAAGAAAAGAAGAAUGCUCAAAAAUUUGUUGUUGCUCAAGCGCCAAAAAUUGGACGCCUUUAUCAAUUACAUUCAUUUAUUUCCGUACUAUCAAAUUCAGACCCUCGUUUAGGUCCAAUGGCUGGUUUCAAAGAUGCUGUUGCAUCAUUUGAUUUAUCUUUUGCAACCGCAAUUUGCGCACUUGCUUAUGAUGAUAAAUCCAAGCAAUUAAUACCACGAUUAGUUAAUGUUCUUGGUUGUUCAACCUUACUCGAUCAUUUCCUUCGUGUUUUAAUUACAAAUUCUCGUCUUGUUGUUUCCUCAACGAUUCCAGAAGAUAAUACAGAGUUUACAGCUUUAGUUAACUUAUUUGUCAGCCCAUCAUUCGAUUGGGCGGAUGAUAUUACAGCAAUCAACGAGAUAAGCCUUGGAGAAUUAAUUCAAAAAUUAUGCGAAGAGAAAUUGACCGUUUUACCUGAUCUUUCCAAGUACGUGCUUAGAGCAGCCCUUGUUAUUUCAUGCUAUGCAGAUAAAAGCGGCGAUCUUGCCUUGGCAAUGUUCAUGGAAUUAGUUGUUCGUCCAUUUGCGAAAAAAGUUUACCUCGAUUCCGACUACAUAACAGAAAAAGAAAAUAUCCUGAAGCACGCUCCGGAGUCGGAUGAGAUCGCUGAGAUAAUUAAGCGUGCAAUUGUUUCAGUUCUCGGAAUGGAUAUCCAAAUUAAAAUGUCUCCAACCGCUGUGAAGCGCGAUGUUCAGAAAUUGUACGAUUUCACAGUUUCCCAUGUCGAUCCUUUCGUCCGUCUUGUUAUUUCUUUAAACGGGCGUCCGAAAGAAAAAAAUCCGGUUAUGCAGUCAAUGCUUUUCGGAUAUAAGCUCUAUUUAGAUAAUGAAGUAGAUGAUGAAGAUGAUGAUUAA